AUGCAGCAAGCACAACAUAUCCCAGAAAUCGCUAAGAGCAAGCAACCCCGCAAGCAAGAAGCAAGCAGGCAACUACUUUCUCCCCUUCACGAGUACCGUCACUCUCCCAGGAACAUCGGCGAUCUGCUGAGGGGAGAAUUCUCAGCUUGGGGGUCUCCUGGCCAGAGCUCGGCUCCUCGCCCACCUGUUCUCCUCGUGAGGCUCUGGGCUAGUUUCACGGCCUGUGCGCCUGUGAUCGUGUCGGCUCUCAACCGAAGAGCCGCUUACAUGAGGUUAGCGCCGGAGGCCGAGGCUCGAGGUCUGCAUACGGCACGCAUCUCGACUUUCGAUAUGUCUGCGGGAGGCGCAGGAGAAGGCCCUCGGGAGGAACUCGGGCUCAACCGAAGAGCCGCUUACAUGAGGUUAGCGCCGGAGGCCGAGGCUCGAGGUCUGCAUACGGCACGCAUCUCGACUUUCGAUAUGUCUGCGGGAGGCGCAGGAGAAGGCCCUCGGGAGGAACUCGGCGGAUUUACCAUCUUCGCGCCCUCCGACUCCGCCUUCUCCCUUCUGCCUCGCUCGGUGGUUUCGCAGCUUCAGAACAACACGGAUAAGCUGCGGGAGGUGGUGCUGUUCCACGUGGUGCCAGGUGUGCUGCGGCUCGAGGACCUCACGGACAACGGCAUGCUGUCGUCAGCUUCGCCAAAGGGCCGGAAGCUGCGAGUCAACGUUUUCAAACACGGGUCCGAUUUGCAGGAUGUUGUGACCAUCAACGGAGCCCGUGUUAAGCGUCACGACAUGAUCGCAACCAACGGCGUCAUCCACGUGAUCGAUAAGGUCUUGUACCCCAUGGCGGACCUUAGCAUUAUGGACCAUCUGACCACAUGCGAGACCUUUACUGGAGCAAACGUGGCCGUGACAGGUGCUGGUCUUACGCCAGUCCUUGAGCAAGACGGCCCCUACACGGUGUUCUUGCCUACGACCGAGGCCUUCGCUGCUAUAGACAAUGCCACGGUAUCGAGUUUCAUUGAAAACAUCACUCUCUUGCAAAAUGUUCUGAUGUACCAUAUCGUUCCUGGAGCUUACUUCAGCGAGGGACUGAGAGAUGGGACGUGGCUACCGACUCUUGCUCAGGAACAAGAGUUGCAAAUGAGAGUCACUUCCGACGGAUACACGCGUCGUCUUGCUGGUGUUGGAGGAAAAGCCAAUGUGAUAAAGCAUGACAUCAUCGCCACAAACGGAGUCAUCCAUGUUAUUGACACAGUGUUACGGCCCGAAAAGGAAACGCCAUUUAUUGUCAUUUCAGUGAAGAAAAAUUACUGUAAACGAAUGCGAUCAGAAGCAAAAUCUUCCACUAGUGCAGCCACUUCACCCUUUUAG